GCAGGAGAGCACGCGGCAAGACCAUCAACCAUGGUAGGACAUGACUCUGGAACACAGCACAAGUUCACUGGUAUUCAGAAAUACUUCAGUUCCUACACCACAACAGGCAGAAGGAAUUAUGUAAUAGCUACAUAUGCAAGCAUUGCCAUGAUCAUCUUAUAUUUCAAGCAAAAGCCUAAAAAACAAACUCCAGCAGUGACGGAAAAAUAGUGGUUGUUGGCAUGUGUGUUAGUGUUGGACCUCAUAUUGCAAAGGAAACAGGAGUUGAUGUACUAUUAUGUACAAUUCAACAAAACAAAACAUCAAAGGAAAA